AUGACAGCCGUCGACUUGCUCAACUCGCUAGCUGAAUUCGGAGAGUGGGCUGCUGGCCGCAAGCCCGUGGCCAAGAAAAACAGCGCCCUUCGCAUUGGCAUCCUGGGCGCGGCCAAAAUCGGACCCGUUGCGUUGAUUCUGCCCGCACGCUCACACGCUGGUAUCAUUGUUGUGGCGGUCGCGGCGAGAGAUAGGCGCAGGGCUGAGGCGUAUGCAAAGAGAUGGGGUAUUCCGAUUGUACAUGAGAGCUAUGAAGCUCUGAUUGCAGACCCCUCCAUCGACUGCAUCUACAACCCGCUGCCCAACGGCCUGCACUAUGCGCCCACGCUGGCCGCGCUCAAAGCCGGAAAACACGUCUUGCUGGAAAAGCCGUCGGUUUCAAAUGCCCAGGAAGCCCGCUCGCUAUUCCAAAAUCCGCUUCUCCGCGUGCCAAAUGCACCCCUGGUCGUAGAGGCAAGCCACUAUCGCUUUCAUCCUGCGUGGCGUCUGUUCCUCUCGCAGUUUGACAGCAGCGCCAUCGAGCAUGCCGAGGCGCGCGCUGCCAUUGCCGCUGGCGCAAUGCCCGCCGACGACAUACGCUUCCAGUAUGAGCUUGCUGGUGGCUGUGCCAUGGACCUGGGCCACUACGUCUUGUCUGCGCUGCGCGGUGUCUUUGGCACAGAGCCCUCAGGCGUCGUGUCUGCAACACCGCGCCUCAUCCACGCGCCGUUUGACCAGCGCUGCGACCAGGCCAUGGACGCUACCUAUGUGUUUCCCAACGGCGGCACCGGCCGUGUGGCUGCCGACCUGGGAGCCAAGGGCGGCUACCCCUUUCCGUGGCUCACAGCCAACUGGCCCAGUUUCCGCGAUGGCAUCCCCAAUGUGCGUGUUGUGCUGCGGGAAGAGAAGGGUGGUAGUGUGCAAGACGGGUUGACCAAGAUCACUAACAAGACGGUUACCAUGUGGAAUUUCAUGCUGCCUCAUAUUUGGCAUCGGAUUGAUGUCACUACCGUUACUGCACUGCGCGACGCUUCAACGGGCAAACUUGUCAAGGAAGAAAAGGAUACACGCUAUCUCAAGGCAUAUACAUGGCCCGAGGGGACUGCGGCCGAAAACAAAGGUGAGUCCUGGUGGCCCACCUAUCGCUACCAGCUCGAGGAGUUUGUCAACAAGAUUCGCGGGAACAAGGGGAGUGGCGCGUGGAUCGAUGGUGAGGAGAGCAUCAAUCAGAUGGCUGCCACGGAUAUGACGUAUGAGAAGGCGGGUAUGCUGCUGAGGCCAUCUUGUAACGAGUUAGAGUAAGGGUGUUGGUUGGAUAAAAAGGAGGGUUGAGUAACGAUUAUGCCUGCGUGGGGUGAGCAUCAUGGUAAAUGGGUAUUCAUCACCUGCGCAUGAAGCUUCCAGCCACGCUGUAUACGGAUUACUCUACUAAUCACUGAAUCUUCUCAGAUAGCUCUACUAACCACAACAAGUCUAGGACACGUGCGGUUGGCGGCGACCAAGCACGUGAUGGUGAAUCGCAAUGCU